GGCCACCACAGCAUCAGGCUUCACUGCACUUCUUUUAUUCUCUCCGGACGCCCGCUGGAAUUUAACGUUUGGGAUUAUUGACCGCACAUGAACGGGACCUUUGUUUUGGUGGUACAUAACGCCAUGUGGAGGACAUAAGGAUCCUGAUACGGCGAAAACCUGAGAUAAUGGGCUGUGUGCAAUGCAAGGACAAGGAAACAACUAAACUGACGGACGACAGAGACCGCAGCCUCUCCCAGGCAGGGUACCGCUAUGGCCCCGCCGCCACGCCACACCACUACCCCAGCUACGGGGUCGCCACCAUCCCCAACUACAACUUCCACACACCCGUCGCCCAGGGCAUGACCGUCUUCGGUGGGAUCAGCACUUCUCACACCGGAACACUCCGGACUCGUGGUGGGACGGGGGUCACCCUCUUUGUGGCGCUUUACGACUACGAGGCGCGGACAGAAGACGACCUCAGCUUCAGGAAAGGAGAAAGGUUCCAGAUUAUCAACAGCACUGAAGGGGACUGGUGGGACGCCCGCUCGCUCACCACUGGUGGCAGUGGGUAUGUCCCCAGUAAUUAUGUGGCUCCGGUGGACUCCAUACAGGCUGAGGACUGGUACUUUGGGAAACUGGGCCGGAAGGAGGCUGAGAGACAGUUGCUGUCCACUGGGAACCCUCGGGGUACUUACCUCAUUCGGGAGAGUGAAACCACCAAGGGUGCCUUCUCCUUGUCCAUACGGGACUGGGACGAGGUGAAAGGGGACCAUGUGAAACAUUAUAAGAUUCGCAAACUGGACAGCGGCGGCUACUACAUCACCACCAGGGCUCAGUUUGACUCGCUACACCAGCUGGUUCAGCACUACUCAGACCGAGCCGCCGGGCUCUGCUGUCGUUUGGUGCUCCCCUGCCACAAAGGGAUGCCCCGCAUCGCCGACCUGUCGGUCAAAACCAAAGACGUGUGGGAGAUCCCGCGAGAGUCGCUGCAGUUGAUAAAGCGUCUCGGGAACGGGCAGUUUGGGGAGGUCUGGAUGGAGAGUGCAGAUGGUUUGUGCUUUAAUUUAACGGGCGUGUGUGUCAACUCCAUCCCUGACACUGUGGGCUUGAGUCACGAUGCCUGGGAGGUCCGCAGAGACACACUUGAAUUGGAAUUAAAGCUGGGGACAGGAUGUUUUGCUGAGGUUUAUUACGGAACCUGGAACGGCACCACGAAGGUGGCGGUGAAGACUUUGAAGCCCGGCACCAUGUCCCCCGAGUCCUUCCUGGAGGAGGCUCAGAUCAUGAAGAAGCUCCGCCACGACAAGCUGGUGCAACUCUACGCCGUGGUGUCCGAGGAGCCCAUCUACAUCGUCACAGAGUACAUGGGCCAAGGGAGUUUACUGGACUUCUUGAAGGACGGAGAAGGACGAGGGUUAAAGUUGCCUAACCUCGUAGACAUGUCAGCCCAGGUGGCAGCAGGCAUGGCGUACAUCGAGAGGAUGAACUACAUCCACAGAGACCUGCGCUCUGCCAACAUCCUGGUGGGUGACAACCUGGUGUGUAAGAUCGCGGACUUCGGCUUGGCCCGACUGAUCGAAGACAACGAAUACACGGCUCGCCAAGGUGCCAAGUUCCCCAUCAAGUGGACCGCCCCCGAGGCCGCCCUGUACGGGAAGUUCACCAUCAAGUCGGACGUUUGGUCCUUCGGCAUCUUGCUGACAGAGUUGGUCACCAAGGGCCGGGUGCCUUACCCAGGCAUGAACAACCGCGAGGUGCUGGAGCAGGUGGAGCGGGGCUACAGGAUGUCGUGCCCCCAAGACUGCCCCCUUUCUCUGCACGAGCUCAUGCUGCAGUGCUGGAAGAAGGACGCGGAGGAGCGGCCCACCUUCGAGUACCUGCAGGCCUUCUUGGAGGACUACUUCACGGCCACCGAGCCUCAGUACCAGCCGGGCGACAACCUCUGAACCUGUGUGGACUCUGGUCUGGAGCUGGACUUCCUGGACUUGCCUCUCUUUUUGUGGGCAUUGGUGAAGCUUCCUGAGCUCAUAUCAGUUCCAUGGUGUCCAAACAUCUUCUCUACACCAGUGGAGGAUGCAAGAUAUUCUUCACUUUGGAGGUCAUGAGGUCAAUCAUUUGUGGUUUUUUCUGACAGAGACCCUUUUUAUCU